AUGUUGACAAAAGUGCCACAUACUAUUCUUGGAGAAAACAAUUACACAAGCUGGGCAGCAUGCAUGAAAAACUACUUGACAGGGAAAGGUUUAUGGCAGAUUGUUGAUGGCAGUGAACCUAAACCAAACAAAACUGAUGAUCAGUAUACUCUCAAGACAUGGGAAAAACAUAAUGCAAAGGCUUUACAUGCCAUUCAAGUUUCUUGUAGUUCAAUAAUGUUCUCCUACAUCAGCAUGGAGAAAACUGCAAAAGCCGCUUGGGAUCGUUUGGCCUCUAUUCAUCGUUGGCACGAUCACAUAGUAGCCUUCCAAGCUGAACUCACACUGGACAAACAAGGUAUUUCUGCAAGCGCGGGGACUUUCGAAGAUAACAACAUUCCCUAUAUGGUUUUAUACCAUGCUGCUGUCAAUGGUGAGCAGGGAAGUAUCGAAAAGUUUUUUGGAAGGUACCCAGAGAGAGUGAGUGCUCGAAUAGCAACAGACGGCGGGACGGCUCUCCAUACUGCUGCUUUCCACAGGCACGACAAUCUUGUCAACUGCUCGUACCAUUGA